AUGUCAGGCUUUGGGUUUUCAAUCGGUGACAUCGUCCUAGUGGGCAACUACGCGUACUCAGUCUACAAGUCGUGUAAGAACGCUGGGGACAACUUCAGGGAGAUCACUUCAGAUGUGGCUUCCUUACGCACACUCCUCCUCGCUCUAGAUGAUGAAUGCAAGAACCCACAGUCUUCGUUCCAGCAGCUUUCCCCCGCGCAGAAAGGCGAGCUCGCUGCGCGCUUGCAAGACUGCAAAGCCGACCUCCGCUCGGUCAAGAAGAUACUACAUGACUUCCGCUCGCUCGACAAACGCGAUGCGCGGUACCGAGAUAGACUGGCGUUUACGACCGGGAAACAGGCGGCGAUUCGGGAGAAGAUAGCGACGCAUAGUGUUCGGUUGCAACAGCUGCUGACCGGCAUCAACGUCGGCACGUUUUCGAGAAUCGAGAGGAAUACUGAGGCGCAUUACCUGUCGCUCCUGGAGAUUCGGGCCAAACUGGAUCGAAUACAUUUGGACGUCCUUGCGGGCAGGCGUGAUGCGACAACGUUCAUGAACUCGGAAAAUGUGGUGGCGUUGGAAGACGAGGUCCUCAAUGAUAAUAUGACGGAAGUUGAUGUUGACGUGUCAUAUGAAGUCCACUCCUGGGUGGAAAGAGUACACCUGGAAACCUCACAACCGCUAUCGAUGCCUGACAAUGAUGACGCCGCUAUCGAGGAUGAUGACACGUCAAGGAGCAACAGUUCGGACACAUGUAGCGUACAAGAGCCGUCAAACACCGAUUCACUCAGAAACGACAGUCACAUCAAGCGGGGAGUGCUCGACAAAGAUAGGAUCUGCUAUGCUGUGCAAACGGACCCAUCUCAAUGGGAUGGAACCUUCCUCUUGUUCAAAAUUCGACAUAAACCACAUCUGCUAUUCCAGCAUCUUUAUGCAGAUAUGGUCCAUACGAUCCACCUUACAUCAGCAGAAAAGAAGAAAGGCUGGAAGAGGAACGUCCAAAAUCUCGAUGCUUCAGCGUUGUGCGAGCGCGUCACGUCAAUUCUACAUUCCCGCAUCGACGCCAUCAUGGGCCACAAUAGCAUGGCUCAGCGACUACUCACCAGCUUCGCGCUGCUUACGAGCGUAACGGCUACAUACACUACAUCAUCUCAAGUCACGCUUCCUGGUUAUGGUACCUUUGCCGGCACGACGGUCUCGCAAACGUUGACGAAGAAGCCUCUACCGCGCGCUGUAGAUGCCUGGCUCGGUAUCGAUUAUGCAUCUCAGCCUGUUGGAGAGGCAAGGUUUGCGCCUGUUGGCGCGCCAGAGCCUUUUGACGGAGUCAAGAAUGCGAGCAGUUAUGGAUACUCGUGCUUCCAGGAUCCAGACGAGCUCCCGUAUGAACUGGAUGAGGCGUGUUUGAGCAUGAACGUUUUUCGGCCGCAGGGCGUUGCGGAAGAUGCGGAACUACCGGUGCUGAUCUGGAUUCAUGGGGGUGGCUUCGUUGCUGGAAGCGCGAGGAGCUUCGAUGGCGCUUCCUUCGUGGCUAACUCUAGGGAACCGCUUGUUGUUGUCACUUUCAACUACAGGGUCAACUCUCUGGGUUUCCUCCCGUCUCCAGUCUUUGAGCGCGAAGGACUUCUCAACCUCGGACUCCGCGAUCAGGAAACCCUGUUCGAAUUCGUCCAAAAGUACAUUUCGGCUUUUGGAGGCGACGCCUCUCGCGUCACUAUCGGAGGUCGCUCAGCUGGUGCGCACUCAGUUGGCAUCCAUCUUUUCCACAACUACAACAAAACCGAGGGCGCACCGGCGCUCUUCUCGCAGGCUCUUCUCCAGUCCGGCAGUGUGACUGCUCGAGCUUUCCCCAAUGCAUCGUACCCGUUGUACCAGGACCAGUUUGCGCAAUAUCUUGGCUACACAGGAUGCAGCGCAGUAGCCAACAGCACCGAUGCCGAAAUCCUUAGCUGCCUACGUUCAGUGCCCAUCGAUGCGAUCCAGAACGCCAGCGCUCUGCUGUGGCGCGCUUCAGAAUACCCCAUCACGUGGCCAUUCCAACCCACGCGAGGUGGCCCUCUCCUUGAACAAGCAGGCUCGACAUCCGGAAUCAACGAACAAUUCUACCGCAUCCCCACCAUCACCACCAACGUUGUCGAUGAAGCCAAGUACUACUCCCCAGGCGACAUUUCCACCAACGAAGAAUUCCUCGCCUUCAUCAAGAACCUGAUUCCUGGUCUGACCACCGACGACCUAUCUGAUCUCGAGGAGCUAUACCCAGACCCAGCGGACGACAUCAACGGCCCUUACGCCCACAGCCCUAAUUCCACCCAAUACAACCGCCUCUCCGCCGCGCUUACCGACUACAUGUACGUCUGCGCUGGCCAAGAAACCGCCAUGCGCAUGUCGUCUGCCUCAGUUCCCGUUUACAAAAUGGUCUUCGCCGUGAACAACACAUUCCCAACCUGGAAAGGUAUCCCCCACACGGCCGACACAAAGUACACAUGGGCGGAACCCGCCGGCAGCGGUGGUGUGCAGUACCCAGAAGUAGGAAAGGAGCUCCUCAAUGCGUACUUCUCCGACUUUGUUGCGCUCGGCGAUCCAAAUGCAGGGAACAGGACUGGUGUACCGGUUUGGCCAAAGUAUGAGGAUGAGGGCGAGGGUAGGCCGGGGUUGCAGUUGAGGAUGGAGGCUUUUGGCAAUAGCAGGGUGGAGGGAGAUGCGAUCAGGAGGCGUCAAUGCGAGUGGUGGAGGGACGAAAGCAGGGCUGCGAGGUUGGAGAAGUAG